ACGGUGUUAACGGCUAAAGAGAAACGGAAGAAUUGUUUUCUGCCUGUACGGGUAUAGUUGUCCAAGUCUGACUUCGUUUUUAUGGCACUACAGUCUCAAUUACCGCAAGCAUUAGGAACUCUAUCAUCUUAAGGACUUAUGGGCCCGUGUCGUGCAGGACCGGCUCUGCUUUCAUUCAAUGAAGUUCCCGAAUAAUAAAUGCGGUGAGGUAUACAACAUGCUGGGAGAAAGUACGGCCCUGUGUAAUGAGACAGUUGGUCUCUUGAUGGUUAGUGACCGCUGGAUUAUUUGCGUCUUUGCACAAAAUGUCAAAACGCAUCAAUUGACGCCGUCGACUACAGAUCAAGAAAGUACGAGUACAUGCGCAUUUGGUACCACAAAGAGACAGAGAGGUCCGCUAUAUCUUCUUCUUUUACUGCCCUACUUCACUACGAGAGAGCAUACUUCAUUUAACCAGCAUAAAGAAAUUCCGACAAAACAGCUCCUUUCCGUACCACAUCGAGGGCGAUCGGUUGUCAGUAGAGGAUCAGAGGCGGUACCAUUAGGUUUAAUAUAGGUUCAUAAGGAGAA